AUGGCGAGGCAAGCACUACUGCGAUCGCUGGCCCGCUCGCCGGCCACAGCGACUCUCAAUGCCACACGCACCGCGCGCACCUUUGCCACGAGUACAAGACGGCACGCCGAAGUGGAGCUCACAGUCGAUGGCAAGAAGGUCUCAAUAGAAGCCGGCUCUGCCCUCAUUCAAGCCUGCGAGAAGGCCGGCGCCACGAUUCCACGAUACUGUUACCACGAGAAACUUAUGAUUGCCGGAAACUGUCGAAUGUGCCUUGUCGAAGUCGAGCGAGCACCAAAGCCAGUAGCGUCAUGCGCAUGGCCCGUACAACCCGGAAUGGUCGUGAAGACCAACAGCCCACUCACACACAAAGCAAGAGAAGGUGUCAUGGAAUUUCUACUGGCAAAUCACCCAUUGGAUUGCCCAAUUUGUGACCAGGGAGGUGAAUGUGACUUGCAAGAUCAGAGCAUGAGAUAUGGUUCAGACAGAGGGCGCUUCCACGAAUUGGAUGGCAAGAGAGCAGUAGAGGAUAAGAACAUUGGACCACUGGUCAAGACAUCCAUGAACCGCUGUAUUCACUGUACACGAUGUGUCCGGUUCGCAAACGAUGUUGCUGGCGCGCCUGAGCUCGGCAGCACUGGACGUGGAAACGACAUUCAAAUCGGCACAUACCUCGAAACCGCUCUCGACACUGAACUUUCCGGCAACGUCAUCGAUCUCUGCCCCGUUGGUGCCCUCACAUCAAAGCCAUACGCUUUCCGUGCACGGCCGUGGGAGCUUUCACACACAGAGACUAUCGAUGUACACAAUGGUCUGGGCAGCAACAUCCGCAUGGACGGCCGCGGUCUCCAGGUCAUGAGGAUCUUGCCACGAUUGAAUGAUGACGUGAACGAGGAGUGGAUUGACGACAAGACUCGCUUCGCUUGCGACGGACUCAGCACACAACGACUUACUACUCCGCUCAUUCGAAGGGAUAACCAGUUCCAGCCUGCGACAUGGGAGAACGUUCUUGUUGAAAUCAGCGAGAAGUUCAAGCAGCUUGCACCAAAGGGUGACGAGGUGAAGUUCGUUGCUGGAGAACUUGUCGAGACUGAGCUCUUGGUCGCCGCAAAGGACUUGGCCAACCGCCUCGGCUCUGAGAACCUCGCUCUGGACCACCCACAAGGCUCAGCACCACUCGCACACGGAAUCGACGUUCGAUCGAACUUUGCUUUCAACUCCAAGAUCUACGGCGUGGAGCAAGCCGAUGCCAUCCUCCUGGUUGGCACCAACCCGCGAUGGGAGGCUGCAGUACUGAACGCAAGAAUUCGCAAGCAGUGGCUCCGAUCAGAUCUCGAGGUCGGCCUUGUUGGACAGGACUUUGAGUCGACCUUCGACUAUGAGAACCUCGGUGCUUCAGCAAAGGACCUCAAGACUGCUCUCGGUGGCGCUUGGGGCGAGAAGCUCAAGUCUGCCAAGAACCCUAUGAUCAUUGUUGGAUCUGGAGCUGUCGAACACCCUGACGCCAAGGCCAUCUACGAGACUGUCGGCUCGUUCGUCGAGAAGAACAAGGCCAACUUUGUCACCGACGAGUGGAAUGGCUACAACGUGUUGCAACGUGCUGCUUCAAGAGCUGGUGCUUUCGAGGUUGGCUUCACAGUCGCCAGCCCAGAGACUGCAAAGACCACACCCAAGGUCAUCUGGCUGCUUGGCGCUGACGAGAUCGAGGCUGCUGAUAUACCGAAAGAUGCUUUCGUAAUUUACCAAGGUCACCACGGUGACCGCGGUGCCGCGCUCGCUGACGUCAUACUUCCUGGUGCCUCUUACGCCGAGAAGGGCGCCACGUGGGUCAACACUGAAGGCCGUGUCCAGAUCUCCCGCGCUGCAUCAUCGUUAUACGGUGCUGCACGCGACGACUGGAAGAUCGUUCGCGCCGUUUCAGAGGCUCUUGGUACACCGCUGCCAUAUGACGACGUUGAACAACUUCGCGACCGCAUGGAGGAGAUCUCACCUGCUCUCCGCCGGUACGACAUUGUCGAGCCAACGUCCAAGGAACUUCAAGCACUCAGCAAAGUGCAGCUCAUUGACCAGAACAAGGGAUCCCAAGCAUCAGGGCAACCUCUGCGACAAGUCAUCGAGAACUUCUUUUUCACCAACAGCAUAUCACGAUCAUCGCCGACAAUGGCGAGAUGUUCCGCAGCAAAGGCGGCAAAGAACCCAGAGACGAACUUCAUGGCGCCCGGUGAACCCAUCCCACAGGUCGCAUACGGACCACCACAAAUUGCCGGUGCGAGUGCAUAG